UGUUACCAAGAGGAAAGAUAAUUUUAAAAUUGCGUAUGAAAAUUAAUAGUGUCCUCAUCGCGCCUUUAUUCAAAUUGUUCCUAGAUUAGUCGAUCGGAUGAUACAUGGAGUCAUUUAUUUUGUUUAAAAUACGUUUUGUAUUAUUGGAUAAAACGAAGAGGUUAGUGUUAGUGACACCGAGUGUGGCAAUGUUUUGACUAAUAGCGGUGCAGUUACGCGUAGAUCAGCCUUGUUAAAAAUGAUCAAGAAAAAUGAGAUUUUGUUUGUGUUUGCAUCACUUUUAAUAAUUUUUUGCGAGCAAACUUCUUCAGAAUGUAGACAAUUAACGGCUUGCUCGUGCAUGUUUUCAAACUGGCAAGGGUACAGUUUGAUGCCGCUGGUUAAUUCAAGGUCUAUAAAUAGUACCGAACAGAAUUACACUUUUUUCUUCCAUCCUUGUACAAAUAAGCCACUGUCGAACAAUCUAACGAGUGAAUGUUACAAAGGAGAUGGUGCUUCUUUGUGCGCCACAUGGAACAACAAUACUUUUGUGCUGGGCAAAGCAGAGGAAACAAAGAUAAUUUUCGAGAGUGACGAUUCGAAACCACCUGUUUUCAAGUUUCAUCAUAAUAAUUAUAUAACAACAAUAGCUCUGUCAUGUUGUAGUUCAUGUGAAACACGCUUGCACGUAGAAUCUCCCGAUGAAACUCGUAAAGAAUAUCAUCUACUCUUAACGUCUAUUUAUGCUUGUAAAACAUUGAUGCACUCUAAGGGCCUUUCCAUUGGUUCUACAUUACUCAUUUAUCUCUUUGUAAUUUCUGGAAUAUACUUUAUUGGUGGAGCACUAACUUUGAAGUUCUUGAGGGGUGCAACAGGUUGGGAAAUGAUGCCCAAUCAUAGCUUCUGGCAAAGCCUUCCUUCACUCGUUAAAGAUGGAAUCACCUUCACUUUUAACUGUUGUCGUCUAGAUAGCUACGAAAGAAUAUAAAUUUACAUUUUCUACGAUUAUAUUUUAGUAUGUUUUAAAUGCAAUGAAAAUUCAGUAGAUUAUUGGAGAAGUAUUUAGUUGGCUUAGUUAGCAAACGGACGCGUAAAUAAUUUUUUAGUUUACUGGUAGAAUUGUUAAUGACUGUAUUUUCUAAGGUAUAUACAUUUCUCAUGCCUUCCUGGCACAUGUGUGUGUGGAUGUAUUGUGUUUAUCGCAUGAGAAAUAAUGCGCGCGGAGAUUGUUGUAAAUGCUGGUAAUUUUGUGAUACAUGUAAUAUUUUAUUAACGAGUACUAGCAAUAUAAAAAUAUAAAUACUUGUACGUAUACAUAUAACGUAUACACAUACACACAUGCACGUACUCGCGCAUACAUACAUAUAUAUAUAUAUUUUUGUAUAUUUUUAGUUUUCAAUACAUGUGUACGUAUGUAAGAUUUAUAAAGAUGUUUAAUUACAUGUGAUCAUAGUACAGGUGUAUUCACCAGAAACACAACUCAUUUGUGUUUCUUUUUCCUACAUUUUCGAUUGGAGCAAUAAAUAAUACGUAUGCGAA